AGCAGCAGUUCGAUUGGAGACACCGGCCGGCGUCCACGUACGUCUCUCGUACAUUACCGCAACUCCAGGAGUAAUUCAACGCGAAUUGCCCUCGUACCCGUCAUCAAUUACUCCUGAUAGAUGUCUUACGUGCUGUUCUCACCUACUGAACAUCAAUUCUAUCGCAAGUUUAAAUAGUGAGGAGCCAGUGGAUGAAGGACUCUUACUGUGAUAUUUAUUGAUUCAGUGCCGCACUGUGAAUUCCGUUAUUUCACGAUUUAACGUCUUUUUUUUUCUCUGUGAAUUUUGAAAAUUGUGAUGUGGCGGUGAUAACACGCUUCCGGAUGACAAGUCGAUGGAUACAUGUUGAAUUUUAAGGAGGAACAGCGGGGCGGAAGGGGGGUGUGUACCAUCUCCAGAGGGCUUCCGGUUCAAGAUUGUCUAAGAUUAGUUUUUCCGAUACUCCGGGCACGGAGAGUCAAUAGAAAACGGGUAUACAAGUGAUGGGACAGUGUCAGUCUGUGAAAGUGGAGUUUCAGAGCACAUGCCCUCGAUACUCAAGCACAAUGCUCAAUGCAUUCUGGUCGAUUUCAAUGGUUAAUGUAUUAUAUUGAGGAAUAUGAAGUCUAUGAAAUGAAUUCAAGCGAAUGGCACGAGGGAAAACAACAACGAGAUCUCACAAUUUAUAUUAUGAAACGUUAAUUUAAACGAUCUUUCUCUAAAGAAAGACAAUUAUGAAUUUCAAAAAUCACGAAAUGAAUUUUUCCAUGAUAUAACAGAAAAAUGAUCAUCUUCCCAAUGUAAUAAUGGAAAGCCACAUUUUCGUCAGAAACAAACACAAAAGACGAAAUUAAAUACUCAGCCACAAUAGUUGCCCCCUUUAUCCUAAUUAAAAAUUUUUCUCAACCCAAGAAAUUCUAACUAAAAAUCUCCGAAAUUUCUCUCUCAAGGCACUCCCCCAAGACAGUUAAAAAAUACUGCAGUCGUAAUUUUUAAUUAGUCUAAUGUUUCCACCACAACUGUUAAAUUCACAAUUUAUGAUCAUUGUUGGCAUAAAUAAUUAAUCCGCAAAAUGUUUCACAUGUGGAGUAUACGUUUCCAGCAUAAUUCUCGGCCUCCUCGAAAAUGAAUUGUUAAUGCUCAUAAAUAUCACCCCGGAAUCCCUGUAUCAGAGUGGCGAUAGAAAUGUUGGAAAAUUGGAGAAAGAAACGAGGGUAAACAGUGACAAUAAUUGCUGUUUGUCGCAGAUAAUUCGUCGAGUGAAACGCAUGCGUACAAAAAGAAUAAUUAACGUGAGGGUUUGUGCGUGUUGAACGAUGGCGGGACAGUACUAUGUGAUCAUUCUACUGGGAUUGAUGGACCUGGUGGUCUCCCAGAAUCCAAUCGAUGAGCGGACAACUUUUGAAGCUGCAUUUCAAGGAAGAUGCGGUCAUAAUUCACCGUGUGAACAACUGUGCUACGAGUUACAUGACGGCAUGUACGAGUGCGACUGCAGAGACGGUUACAUCCUCCACAAGAAUGGAUACAGUUGUUCAGAAUUGAAUUCAACACUACCGUCAACAGGUGAUAUUCAUGGAUCAACUGAGGAUGACAUUAGCCGAUUGAGUAUAAAAAAUUAUCCGGCUACCAAUGAAAAUAAUAAUUUACACGAGCCCCAAAAAUAUACCAUAAAUCGUCAGGUUAGUGGAGCUAGAUCGAAUGAAACGAGACGAGAUGAUGAGUCAAAUGAAAUACCAAGUGGACAUCCAACCUCUGAGGUUAUUACAUUUCAGGGUCCAAAGUUGGAGCAGAAGGUGCCUCUAACGACUGAGAGUGUGUCAAUAUCCGAGCCAGUCUGUUCUCUCGAUUGUGGACCAGUGGGAAAUUGUUACAUAGAGCAAUUGCAUGACCUUGACGAAACGGAGGAGGAGAUGGGCAGUGGAUAUACCGGAAGUGUUGGACGCCGGAGAAUUGCCUUCAGACAGCGAUGCCAAUGCCCACUGGGCAGAGUCGGUGAUCGUUGCCAAAAUGAGAUUCAAGUUAAGUCGCCCCGCUUCACGGGAUCAAGUUGGCUGGCAUUUCCAGCAUUGAAAGCAGCUUACAAACAUAUCCAAUUAGACUUAGAAUUUCGUCCUGAGGCAUGGAAUGGAAUUCUUUUGUUAACCGGUGAGCGUGAUGAUCUUCAGGGUGACUUCAUGGCUGUGAUUCUUCACCACGGCUUCAUCGAAUUCAGAUUCGAUUGUGGUAGUGGUGUCGGUGUUGUAAGAAGCACUGAUACCGUCAAGUUGAACGAGUGGAACACCCUCAAUGUCUACAGGCACCGCUGGGACGCCUGGAUUACCCUCAAUUCUGGAAAACGUGUGCAGGGAAGAUCUAAGGGAUUAUUCUCGAGGAUAACGUUUCAAGAGCCAUUGUUCGUCGGCGGUCCCGGUAAUACCACUGGUCUGGAGAGGCUUCCGGUCAGAGUUGGAUUUCGAGGAUGUGUACGUCAUCUUGAGGCAAAUGAUCAUCACUAUCGUCUCGCACUAACACCACAGGGUGACACAAUCAACGGUUUCGAUGUUGAGGAGUGCACCGCUGAUAGAUGCAGCAAAGUACCCUGUUCCCAUGGGGGAAAGUGUUUGACUACAGGGGGUGAUACAGCUGUGUGCUUGUGCCCUCUCGGUUACACCGGUGAUUUAUGCGAGACUCGCGUAGAUCUUCAGGUACCAUCUUUCAACGGCUCAUCCUAUCUUAAAUAUCCUGGCUUGGGUGAUACUUCGCUGUCGUGGCUGGAGCUCUCAGUGACUCUGAAACCCACUUCAUCAGACGGAGUAAUUUUGUAUAAUGGACAUCACAGCGAUGCUACCGGUGAUUUCAUUGCAUUAUACAUGGCCAACGGAUACAUUCAAUUCACUUUUGAUUUGGGAAAUGGUCCGGCAACUCUACGGAGUGAGAAGCCAGUGAGACUGGGCGAAUGGCUUGAGGUGAGUGUCUCGAGGACAGGUCGGCAGGCGUCGUUGGUUGUGGAGAAGGAGCCAGCACAAGAGAUUCUCGCCCCUGGGGCAUUUACCCAACUCUCAUUGCCGUUGAAUCUCUACCUCGGGGGAGCACCGUCUACUGACAUUUUUACACCCAAAUUGAAGACUGUUGCCAGUUUCGUUGGAUGCAUUCAAACGGUCAUUUUAAACAGUCGUGAGAUUGGAAUCUUGGCAGAGGCACUGGGUGGAGUGAAUGUUGGAAAUUGUGGUCACGCGUGUGAAGCAAGACCAUGUGGUGACGCUGAGUGUCGUCCAUACAGAGAGAGAUUUACUUGUAGAUGUGGUACAGGACUACCUCAUCCUUGUCCAGCAACGGAAGGAAUGACGAUUCAGCAGCAAACAAUACUGUUCAAUCCCAGCACAUCUGCUGCUACAAGAUUAGAUAGGUUGGAGAGAAGUGUACCUAGUUUUACGGGAAUUGAUAGUUAUCUUCAUUACAACGAUGCCGAUACUAUGAAAAGAAUCAUAAGCUAUCGCGUUGAUAUAAACAUGAGAUUCAGAACGAGUAGUAGCGACGGUCUGCUGUUGUGGAGUGGGAGGCAAUCAGAUCCACAGGAGCAGAAGGAGCAGAAUGAUGAUUUUCUUGCGGUUGGCUUGAAUCAAGGAUAUCUAACACUGGCGUACAAUCUUGGAUCUGGUGAGGCAAUUCUCAGAUAUAAUCUCACGAGAUUGGAUGACGACUUGUGGCAUCGUAUCAGAGUUGUCAGAAAUGAACAAUGGGCAUCACUGGUGGUGGACAGUGGAAUCAGUGUUACUGCAUCAUCUCCGGGGCAGUUGAGAGAGUUAAAUACCGAUACAGGACUUUUUAUAGGAGGUGCACCAGACAUAACAAGAACAACAGACGGUCGCUACGAAAGAGGGAUAAUCGGUUGCAUCAGUGAUCUAGUUCUCGAUUCAGAUUUCUCGGUUACCCUAUCCUCACCCGAACAAGCAACAAAUACUCACACGUGUAUUCCCUGAGUCUCAUGCUGCAGUGCACUAGUUCGCGAGAAUCACGAUGCACAGAAUUACGAUAUGGAAAUUUGUGGAAUCUGCUGAAUACAGAUUAAUACCCCCUUCUUCGAUCCUCUCUUCCUCCCACCCAACCAUCCCUUUCAUUGAAUCGUACGCCUACAUUGAUACGUUCACUGACUAUCGAUGUAUGAAUAAGGGGGUAGUGAUGUGACUCUAUUCCGUCUGUUACCAUUUCUCAUUUUAUUUAAUCCCAAAAUCAUCACCACGUAUUCCUUGUCAAUCUGAUUUUUCGUAAUCGAAAAAUCGCCUUAACCAUGUGGAUAAAACGUCCAGUAAAAAUACAGAGAAAACAAAUGAAGGCUUUAAUACUAUGUAAAUAUUUAUGUAAUUUCCAAGUUCGUGAGGCUGAAUUAUCAUUGUUUUUGUUGUGAAUUCGCUUGUUUAGUAAGAGAAACAGAAUUUUAAUGUGAAGUGGUGGAAAAUUUUGAAUUUCACCUAAAUCGUCACCUCUACUCAGUGUUUUUGAUCCCGCCCACCAGUCUAAGUUAUUUUUUCAAAUAACUUAAAGAACUGUGGCUUUUAUUUUUAAAUAGUUUAUAGUUCCUUCCAAAUAAUGAUAUUCAGAGAUUAAAGUCACCUAGAAUUUUGGUAUCAAAAGUGAACAUGAUUUCUAUUGAUCUUCUGGCUAUCUCUCUUCAUCGAAGACCUACUUAUUCUCAACCCCUCCCAUCCCAGCAUACCAGUUAUUAGAAUUUGCAAUAAUUUAUUCGCCCUCUAUUAAUACUUUCCACCCCGUCACCCAGACCAGCCUAUCCCCCCAAAACUGGUGGCUCGAUCCAGUCUGUCUGGUUUAAUUGAUUACUCUUUUCAUGUAAUGCCGCUCCAAAUGCAUUACCUUCUAAUCUAUUCCCAGAAUAGUAUCCAAAUUCACCAGAAACCAUUUCCACCACUUCACCACUGAAUAAAACCGUUAAAUUCUUAAAAUUAAUCAGAAGUUUAUAUUCAUUGAAGGAAUGGCCCUUGGCCUAGACGAACUAGAGAAUAAUUACCACAAAUUGUUUAUAUUUAGCUUCAAUUUUCAUUGAUGAACAACAGAGAAUUAAAACAAAUAACAAUGAAUAAUACUGAAUAAUGAUAAAUCGCAGAGUGACGAAAUAUCACACCACAUGUUUUUUGCACUGUCGCUGAAUCCAAAGGAAAUGCUAGUUCUUCAUGGGCCCACUGUAAUUUUUACAUUGCACCGAUUAUCGCUUGGCUUUUAUACACUAAAUGAUGAUAAUGAUAAUGGUAAUGUUGAUGGGAAAAAUACCAGAGUAAUAGGACACAGUGUAGAAGGUAAUUAACUACGAGAAUUGGAUGAUUUUUGCAAAUUCAUUCAUUGCUGAAGUGGUAAAACGUCACCUAAAUUCAGAUUCACCUCGAUUUUUUUCUAAUGAUGGUCUUACGAUUCUAAAACUUAAUUUAAAAAUUCGGGACAUCGCUACAAUAAUUAUAAAGUACUAAUGUUGGUAUUCUUCGCCUCCAAAAUUCCAAAAUUAUCUCGUUAAUUAUUGGUUUCCAAAGAAAAUGUUUAGACUUAAUUUUCUUGUUAGAAAUUUUGAAAUUUGGCUGUUCUACUACUUCAACAAUGAAUCUCACGGAUUGUUAACGAUUUUUUAAUUGCGACUGGAGUGUCACGUGAUUACCUACAGGGUCUUGUAGACAUUAUUUCCAUAAUUUUUAUUUGAAUUUUUUUCUGUUUGAAGGAAGACUUUCCAUUUCAUUUCUCACGUUUCGAGCGAUUUAUUUACUAAUUGUAAUGAUAAUACAAAUUUGGGGAGAUGUACCCCAGUGUCAAUAACUAUACACAUCAUCGUUAGUGGAAAAAAGUGUAAUAAACGAAGUAAAAAAAAUGUAAAAUUUAUACACGAAACAAGGAAAAUGACUAGUGAGUAAGUAAAUGAAUUAUUAAUUUUGAUUAAAAUGUGAAGAAGGAAUUCAUGAAGUCGUGAGGGUUGAGAUGAGGCUACGCGAAUAUCAUCCAAAAUAUUCUGAAUGUAAACCUCAAUAAAUUAUCAACCGAUCUCCUCUCACCACUUUCUAACAAAUUAGACCUGUCAACCAGGAAAAAUAUAAAAAGUAGUCAAUUUUUCGGGGUCUGAGUCAUUAUUUUUCCCAGCAAAUGAAUAAAUGAUGAAUAAAUUGAUAAUAAAUCCUAGGAGACAAAUGAAAAAGGCGAAAGAACCGCGCGACGAAUAAAUUGUUAUUAUGAAUAAUGUUAGUCAUAAGUUAUGAGUUAAAUCUAGUGCUAUUGAAAUAUCUAGGUAACUAUGAAAGGAUGAUGACACAAAAGACUAUUUGUUUGUUGGUAAGAGAAGGGAGAUAAAAAAACAAGGGCUACUGGCUUUGUGCACCGAGUAGGCAUUAUAGUAUCACUGUACGUAGGGAAAAUGCUUGAUGUACCUCAUCUCUGUCUAGAUUUUGUAUCUCAUUCAUGCUACUAUGUGGAGAGAGAGAAAGAGAGCUUGUGAAAUUUUCCAUUGUCAGUUCUAAACAUUUUCCAACGAGAAUAACCAUCACAUACAAAGCAAGUGGGAAGAAAAGAAAGUAAUGAAAAAUCCAUUAGAGAUUAAAUUGUUUCAUUCAGACAAUUUCUGAAUUUAUCUCGUUGAUGAGUGACUCCACUACAACAUUUUCAAAAGAAAGUUCCUUCGUAAUUUCUAGUUUAACACUUCACUUCGGCUUAAUUUAAUGUAUGCGAUUUCAAUUUAUGAUGAUCAUUGACAGGAAAAUAAUCAAACGAAUAUGUUAGCUGGGACUCCAGCUGAGUAAAUCAGCUGAUAGAAAUUUUCGUGUGAUACUUGUAGGAAAAUCAAGACAAAAUGCUUCAAAUUUCUCACGGAUUAAUCACUCGAUGGAUUUGCGACUAUAGAAUUUCAGAGGAGAGACUGACAGAGCAAUUCAAAUAAUUAACACAUAUAACGAGCGACAUUUCACAGUGAAACACAACAGACGAAAUUAUGGAAAAAAAUAAUAAAGAAAAAAUAUAUUGACUAUGAGAUCAGUAGGAAAGUGGUAAAUGAGGUAAUUCUGUUUACCACUUCACUACAUGAAUAUAUCAGACAAGAAAUAUGGAAUUAUUAGAGAUGAAAUAUUACCGAAUUUUAUAUGUAAAUCUAUUUCUAUUAUGUUGGUCUGCAAAGUCUAUUAGAAGAGUCUAUCCUAUCUAUGUCUGUACUCCCGUCCUGCGAGCAACUUUAGCUGCAAUAAUUGAACCGGUGUAGAUUUAAAAAAUGAAAAAACAAAAACAUAUAUCGAUCUCUACUGGAGUUUAUCGCGUAUUUAUAAAUUUUUUGCACGUUCCCAUAGUCUAGGAUAUAAUACAGAAUUGAUCACCGAUACGGGGGGUUGUAGGGGGGAAGGGGGUGAAUAUUGAGAUGAUGAUUCCCCCUAGAACCCCUCACCGUCGAGAUAAUUGACUUAGAAAUUUUAAGAAUAAUACAGACGCAUUACCAUGUUCAUUAUCACGAAGAGAAACUCAUUGAAACUUUAAACUAGGCCUGAAAUAUCAACUUAAUGAUGCGCAUAUCAGUUGUCCACUGACAAUUAAUUAUUUAUGAAUGGAAAAAAAUUAAUUAAAUUGAUAUUGAAGAGACGUAAGUGUUAACCACCUCGUGUGCACGCGACCACUGUAAAUUUUUGAUUGAGAGAUAUAAAUUGAAGGAGAUAAAAAAAAAUAAGUGCUCGUUCUAAUCUGUAUACUGUAUAAAACUAUACAUAUAAUUGAUUUUGAAAAAUCAUAAGUCCUAUUAAUGAAAUAUGACAUAUAUUCAUGACAAAUGUGUGUAUGGAUAUGUGUGUGCGUAUAUGUUUGCAUAAGUGCAAAGGAUAAGGUGAAAAUUUUUCCCACGUCACCAUGAUUUCAUCAAUAAAUGACAAAUUUUAUAAAUCAGUGAUUGUUGUU